UGCGGUGAUUAACUCAAUCAUUAUCGCGAGAACACCCGAAAAUCAUCGCCAAGAAUAUUCACGCUAUGGAAGGAAGAACAUCGAAAGCUAAUAUGGGCAUUCUUGCCCCAGAGUUGGUCCUCUCUAUUGUGGUAUUCAUACAACAUUCUUCUCCCGCUCUAGCCGCAUUAGCUUUGACCUGCCGAUAUCUCAACAAAAUCACAAACCCUAUGUUAUACACUAUUUUUCGCUACAAAGCCUUGAUAUGGGCCUCCUCCAACGACCGUUUGCCAAUAAUCAAAACUAUUAUAAAAGAAGGAGUCGAUAUCAACAUACUCUUGGACGUCAAUGACUCAAUGCAGCACAUCCGCGCACGCCUUUCGCCUCAUCCUCAAUCCGAAAACACCAGUCCUACUUCUCCUGAAUUUUCUCAAGCUUACAGACUUACAUCAUUGGCCCUUUCUGCAAGGGCUGGCCAUGCGGAGUGCUGCAAAGCGCUGAUGGAUUUGGGAGCAGACGUUAAUAUCGCUACGAGCUCAGGGGAGACACCCUUGCUACUUGCUAGCAUGAAUGGAUUCUUCCCUACAAUCCAGACGCUGUUAAAAAACAAAGACAUUGAAAUUAAUGCAACCGAUGCCCAUGGAUCAACAGCAGUGUCUAUUGCUGCCAGGAAGGGAUAUGAAGAUAUUGUGCGCAUAUUGCUGCUUCAAGAUAAUAUUGAUGCGAAUAGUCGUGACAAUUCGAGAAAUACCCCUUUGCUCUGGGCAAUUACUGAAGGCCAUUAUUUUGUUGUCAGAGAGCUACUUGCUUCUGAUAAAGUCGACGUUAACCGUGAAGAUGGGAGUGGCCGAAGCCCGAUGGCAUAUGCCGCUCGAUAUGCCAGUUCCAGCAUCCUGCAGCUCCUCGUUACAUCAAGCAGGCUUGACCAGAAUGCGAGAGAUCGGACAGGAUCCGCACCAUUUGCUCAAGCAUUUCUCAGAUGCAACGAAAGUAACAUCAUACAAAUGUUCAGUUGCCCCAAGAUAGAUCACGCUGCUCGAUUACCCAACUUUUGGACGCUGCCCUGCUGGGCUAGUGUACACGGGACGGCAAAUGUCUUUCGGUAUCUAGUAAAAGUUCAUCAGCCAAGCGAAAGUCUACUAGCUGGCUGCCCUGCUCCACCGCUGAUUCUCGCUGCGGGAUCUGGACACUUGCCCAUUAUCGACGUCUUAACAGAGACAGGAAGGCUCGAAGAAGCAUGUACUAACGGCGCUGGAUCUAUGGCUCUCGUUCAAGCAUGUACAAACGGCAAAGCUGAUGUUGUCCGCCUGCUUCUAGAGCACGGACAUGUUGACAUCAACUUUCUAUGCAAUGACGGGCAUACACCUCUAAUAUCAGCCGUACAAUUUUGCCAGCCGUCAGUAGUGCGAGUUUUGCUAGAGUUUGGUGCAGAUGUAUCGAUUUAUAGCAAAAUGGGCCGCACAGCACUACACGAGGCCAUGCUGGAAGAUUGCGACGACAUUUCUCGUCUCUUGCUCGAGAACGGCGCCUAUCACAGCCCACUUACACCCAAGAAAGAGACGCCUCUACAUCUUGCAGUAUCUAUGGGAAAUAGGGAGCCUAUAAAGCUGCUACUAAAGGCCGGAGCAGACAUCAACGCUCGGAAUGCAAAUGGUGACACGCCUCUGCAUCUGGCAUGUCAUCGACAUUAUCUAGGACCGGUGACCGAUUUAAUUCAACACCAAGCCGAUUCCAAAUUGACUAAUAAUGAGGGUAAAACACCUUUCCUCGUUGCCUGCGAAAAGGGCAGGCCUAAAGUUGUUGAGUUGCUGUUGAAGAUGGGUGUGGAUGCCUGUGCUUUGACGCCGCUGGGGGAAACUGGUCUGCAUCUUGCGGCAAACAAUGGCCACCUAUCGACAGUAAAGAGCUUGCGUAGCUGUGAGAAGAUUGACAUCCACCAAAAGAAUAAAGCAGGGCAUACAGCGUUAUCAUGCGCUGCUCUCAAACGGCACACUGAGGUCUUUGAUUAUUUGAUGGAACAAGAUAGGGCAUAG